UUAUUUCGUUACUCAAUGCUGCUCAUGUCGGCGGCGACUGCUCCGGGUGCGGAAGCUGCUUCGAUCCGCAUGCUAUCUGUAAGGAGUUUGGCUGUUACAACAUCUGUAUGUGUGAGCCGGGUUACGCGUUUGUCAAAAACGGAGCCUUUCAAUGCGGACAGUGUCUUCCAGUAGAGUGUUCAUGUGACGAUGGAGAUAGUUGCCCUUGCGACGAUGGUCAGGAGUGUGUCAAUGGAGAAUGCGUUCCCGAGUGCGUCGGAUGUGAAGUGCGCAUGACCGGAGGCGAAUGCGUGGAACUUCUUUACGGGGACAACUGCACGCUGUUCCCUAACGACUGUUGCCGUGACGAUCUCGCAUGCAUAAAUGGCAUAUGCGAAUGUGUGAACAUGGAUCUCCAAAACGACGAGGAUGAAGACAAGUGUUUGGGUGAUGACCUCGGUGAGCCUUGCGACGAUGAUGAUGAUGAACCCGACCUAUGCACAAUCAAAAACAAUCGUACCAUGUGUGUUAGUGGCUUAGAUGGCAACUCGACGUGUAGUUGCUUUGAACCAUUCAUUGAAGUAAACGGCACCUGUGAGUGCUUAUGCUCCUUGGGAAGUUACUGUGCCUGCGACGACGGCCAGGAGUGCAUAGAUGAAAAUUGCGUUCCCGAAUGCGGCCCAUGCGAAAUGCGCGUUAACGGAGUUUGCAGUCCACAAUGUAACGAUUCGCAAGUGUGCAUUGAAAAUGAGUGUGUUACUCCACUUGCACUCGGUGAUGAAUGUACGGAUGCAGGAGAUGCGAAUGCGUGUAUGAGGGAUGCUGGGAUCAAAUGUAGGAGUGGUGACUGUUGUGGAAGCGCAAAAGGGAAUCCAGCUUAUCCAUGCAAUAAGAAGUACUGUGUGUGUGAGACGGAAGCGGGAUACCAGCUAAACACUAACGAAACCGGGUGUGAUAAUAUUGGAGGAAGAGUAGAUCGUGAUCUGUGCCUUGACAUGCCAUACAAUUAUUGAAAUCGGAAGAGCAGCGAAAAAACAAUUACACCAUGUUUCAUAUUCUGUUACAUCUAAAUUCACAUAAAUGUUGUUUCUUUCUUAGUAUAAUGAAGUUUAAAUUAUAAUAAAAUACUUGUAUC